AUGACGUUGGAAGAUAGGACUACUCAGGCAAAGAAUCGUGCUGAAAGGUGUAGCUCUUCUUAUACGCAACCGGCCACCAUCGUUGAGGAUGUAGUGGUGUUUAAAAGUUUUCCUGCAUCGUUCAAGCCUUCAAUUGAAUGGCUAGAUGGCUCAUCACCACUCCAUCCAUACUUCAACGAUGCUAGGCAAAUUCAGUCGGUAGUCACCCAUAUCAAAGACGAAGUCUUAACAUUCGCUUUAGAAGGAUGUCAACUGAUCCUUCAAAGUCUGACAAUCAUUGAGGAAGAUAACUACCAUCUUCUGAUCAAGACACUUAACCAGGUCCCUGAGCUUUGGCGGGCGGUGAUUCUUACUCAACAUUAUGGUGUCAUAUAUUUCAUGUCACGCUCCGAGGCUCGGUCGAGAUAUCACCCCCUGAUGCGUCAGAGUGCAAUCGAAUCAGAUGCCAUUGACAGGUUCCUCCGCUCACAUGAUUCUGCCGGCAUUCGCGCUAUGAACUACGCAAUUCACGCAUUCGUUACUCGUGGCAAUCUACGUGUUGACUACGCAACCUCAUGUAUCCCUCCCAACGCGAUAGCGGCAAUUGGCCCCCGCCACGUUGUUGUGCGUGCCGUCGAUUUCGAUCACCGCUCAGCCUCCGAUGUUCUAGCUUUCUCCUCGCCCAUGUGGGAUUUACAUGACAUCGCGCAUCUGAGCUGCGCGACCAUAAGCCAGGAGCUAUAUGGAAAUAAAUACCAAAAACACUUGAUCCGGCUGCCGAAGGAACUUACGGCCCUCAUUCGGAGCCCUGGCAUGCGAACGGCGACAGGGCCGAUAAUCUCCGACGGCUUGGUUUUCAGUGAGCUCUUAUCCAAGUUGUUCACUGACUCCGUGACCGUAAAAACAGAAGCAUGUCCACGAACCUAUAGGAGUCUGUGCACAGAACUUGCGACUUUACUUGCCGAAUAUUUCCUAUGCAAGCGCGCACUCCAGCAUCCCUCAACUGGAAGCUAUAUUUCCCUUCCACAGCCUGUGUCCUCGGUCCAAUUGGCCGUGCUUGUUCAAAAUAAGAGUUACGAGCUUCCAGCUAGCGAAAUCGAGCAGAGGGUUUUCACACGCGGAGGGCCGAUCGGUGCCAAAGAAGAUAUAUUGCUUGAUAUGACUGGUAGGGAGCGAGCUGCCUGGUUAGCCACCAGUAAUAGCUGGAGCUACUUUGAAGUGAGGAACACGAUCAAGCAUCGAGCACAUAAGGAGUCUUACGAAUUAGUGUGUAGAGACUUGAUGGAGAGGGCAACGGAUGCAAAGGAAAAGAAGCUUUUGCAGAAAAUUAGACGAAAUCUACGCUAUGAAGACUGGGAAGAGGGUGAGCGGGUAAUCCUAUGGGAUUUGCUACAAGGAACUGAGGAUUAG